CCAAGCGCAUUCCACAGGAAAUCAUUGUACUUUGACUUGUAGUUGUAGCAAACUAGUCGUGACUGAACAAUGGCAGAUGAAACGUUUGACCAGGAGCUUCCUGAAAACGAUAGUGAAACUGAAAAUGCAGCCCAAGUUGAAACUGCAAGUGGAAAUGUGAGUAUUUCUGACAGUGACAGCAGUAAAGUACAACUUCCAUCAGAGUUUUUUGAAUAUAUGGGUGAUUCGAAAGACAAAAAAGCUGGUUUGUAUAAAUGCCUCUUCAAAGGCUGUAAGCUAAAGACGAAAAAAGAUGGGACACCAAAGUAUCUCGUAGUCAAGAAUGAUUCAAGGUGCAAUGGAAAGCGUCAUUUUCUGGCCCAUGAUCCCAACAAUGAACUUGGACUAAAAGAGAAGUGGAAUUUGGCUGUUGUCAAGAUGACUGGUAAAAACAAAAUUUCAACUGUGGAUCGUGCUCCAACUAGUCUGCAUAUUCUCAGACAAUCAGACUUUGAUAAAUACGUAUUGCAUUUCCUCAUCAUGGAUGGAAUACCUCUUCAUGAAGUUGAAAAUGAAGGAUUCAAGUUACUUAUGUCUAAAGCAGCUCCUCAUUUAAAGAUAUAUGGACGAACGUUCUACACCAUUUUACUUAAAAAAGAAAUAGCUAGCAGACAACAGCAACUCAAACAAGUAUUACUUAAUUGUAGUGAUGCUGCCACUACCAUAGAUGCGUGGACGUGCAGUAGAAGAUCGUACUUAGGCGAAACCAUUCAUUGGUUUGACAAGGCCAGCGUGAAACGACAGAGUGCCUGCCUUGUGUAAGGACGGGGAAUGAAAAUAGUUUUCCUCACUUUUAAUAUUGAAUAUUUGGAAUAGUUGUGUGUGAUGAUGGUGAGUUUAUUGUUGCACAGAGUUUU